UGCACAGACCCCCCAGCCUCCCCAUCUCUUUGCAGUGCGCCAAGCUUCUGCUGAGACAUGGGGCCACCAUCAACCUGCCAAGUGAGGAUGAUGGGGAGACAGCUCUGCACGUGGCAGCCAGGCACUGCCUCUGUGACCAUGCCUGCCUCUACCUGCGGCAUGGGGCACAUGUCGACACGCGCAGCUCACGGGAGGAGACGGCCCUCAGCAUCCUCUGUGGGCAGGUGCCGGGUGCCGGCGAGGGCUGCCUGCAGCUUUGCCGGCUGCUGGCUGCCCACAGUGCCGAUAUUGAAGCCUGUGAUGAGGUGCAGAGGAGCCCCUUGCACAAGGCAUGCGGGGCCGCCAACACCGGCCUGGCAUGCUUCCUCCUGCGGCAUGGGGCCGACGUCAAUGCCAUCGACUACAACGGCGUCUCCCCGCUGGGCUGCGUGCUGCAGAGUGCUGCCUUCAAGAGAGAGCUGCGGCCCCACCUCACCGUCCAGCUGCUGCUCAACUAUGGCUCCCAGAAGAUAUGGCCCCCUGCAUUCAUCAAGGUGCUGAAGUCCUGCGCAGCCGUGCUGGAAGUCAUCGAAGUCCUCUUCAAUUCCUAUUCGCAAAUCCCUGUCUCUGAGAAGUGGACUGAGGCAGUGCCAGAGGAGGUGUUCCAGCAGCACCAGUUAUUCUACGAGUCCUUUUUCCGGCUGAUGGGCACAGUCCGGUGCCUGCAGCACUUAUGCCGCUCUGCCAUUCGGAAGAAGUUUGGCAGCAAAUGCCAUUGCCUUAUCCUCUUGCUGCCUGUGCCCAAGCCUUUGCACGAUUACCUGCUGCUGGAGUCCGAAGGAGUUGUGCUUUGA